UACAAUCCAUCCAUACUCGUCAUGAAUUCAGGAAAAAAUUCAAUUAAUAGCUCUUCUUCUGACCGUGUUCUUCGUACGCGCACUACUACUACCCAACCUACCUCCUCAAAAGUUCUCUCACCGGUUACAAGUACUUCAACCAUUGAUGACGUGAUGUCGACUCUACUUUCUUUUCGGAACGACUUGACAGCUUCCAAUGAGAAGCUAUCUACCGCCCAAACAUCACAAUUCAAAGACUUAAAAAGCGAUCUUAAGAAACUUUCAUGUCUAAUUGCGGACCUUAAAGCCGAAAAUACUGCGCUAAGAAAUGAUGUUGACUCACUUAUGGACAAAGUUGCGAAACUUGAGUCAGGUUCAACCACUAACAUUGCUUCUAAUACCGUUUCACAAGUUCUACAGGAGACUUUUGAGAGUGAGAGAUGUUCUUAUAAUGUACUUGCCUAUGGUGUCACAGAGUCACUUUCUUCAAAUAUUGCUGAACGUAUUAAAGACGACAAGGAAACUUUUCAAAAACUACUCGAAGAAAAUUCAAUUGGGCCCUCUCAUGGCUCCAAAUAUUUUCGGCUCGGUAAAGCUCGUUCUGAUUAUGUCCGCCCUCUCAAAGUUAUUUAUACUUCAAAAGAAGAUGCAACUAAACUAAUUAUGUCCUUUGCCGAGUUAAAAAACCAAGGUGUAUCAAUUACGCAGGGAUUCCGAGUUGUCAAGGACAAGACCAAACUCCAACGGGAACUACUAAGAUCAUGUCACUUGGAAAUUGACCAUAGGACUAGCAAUGGCGAAUCUGGUCUUUCCAUCAAGUAUGUUAACGGUUCUCCGAAAGUGAUCUCUGAUGGGUCAAAAAACGGUGUUCACCCUCGGCGACUAACCGAUCCAAAGUCCAACGCCCAAAUCAACUAG